GAGGGCCAGCGCGGCUCUGGGGGGCCGGCGGAGGUGGGUGGGAGCCGCGGGACGCCAGGCGUCUGUGGUGCCGGCAGAGCUGAAGGGACGGCGGGCGCGGGCGUCUCCGUCUAAACGGAGGGAACGGGGGCUCAGCGGCUCGCGGGGUUCACAGGCGUCCAGCUCCCUGCUUCAGGUGGCCCGUGCCCGUGUUGCGGUCGCGGGAGAGGAGUGCGCGUGCGUGACGUGAGCGGUGGCCCUGCGGGGAGGAGGUGGGACUGCGAGGAAGAAUGCGUGCGCUUGCGCGACGUCUGCGCGCCCUGGGCGUAGUGCCGCGUGAGCGUGCGUGGUUUGAGAGCCAGGUCCACCCGGACUGGUGUCGGGAGUGUGGGGCUGCACGGGGGUGCCGGUCUGGCUUCUGGUCUAACACCAGCGAGUUGCCUGCAGCAAGUAGCCGACGUGAGACGCGAUUUCCUUCUCCAUAAGACGCGGAUAUCAAGAGCUGUUGCCACGUGUGUACUAAGUACUCGUUUUGUUAGCCCCCGUCAUGUAUUAGUUGUGUGUGUCAGUGCAGCUGGAGCCCAGCGCGCCCCCAGGCCUCCAUUCCGCGAUUCACUCAUCUGAAGGGGCGGGGAUGGCUGGGUCAGCUAGCCGCCAGUUCGCCCGGCCCUAACAUGCCCCGGAGCCUGAGUUAUUUCCCGUGUACUCAUUUGUUACUUAUGUACAAUCAAGACAGUUUCCUGAAGCCAUCGAAGGCUGUGUGCCGUGGAAGAUCUGGGACAAUUUUAAGAAGAGAGAACCUAAAUUGGUAAUAAAUCAGUAAGAAACAAAUGUUUACAUUCUCUCAGUGAAAACUAUCAUGUCUAAGUUCAACACAUAUGGGAGCCACCACAUGGACAUCUCUCCCUCUUCCACUAAGAGCAGAAAAUGAACAAAUCCCAGGAACAAGUGUCAUUCAAAGAUGUAUGUGUAGACUUCACCCAGGAAGAGUGGUAUCUGUUGGAUCCUGAUCAGAAGAUACUCUACAGAGACGUGAUCUUGGAAAAUUACAGCCACCUUGUCUCAGUAGGGUAUUGCAUUACUAAGCCAGAAGUGAUCUUCAAGAUAGAGCAAGGAGAAGAACCCUGGAUACUAGAGGAAGUACUCCCAAGCGAGGGCCACCUAGAAGACUGGAAAGUUGAUGACCUGAUAGAAAGCAGCCAGGAAAAUCAAGAUGAACAUUUUUGGCAACUUGCUUUCACCACCAACAAAACAUUAAUUUUAGAUGGUAGUGACAAAAUAAGGAAAACUUUCAACCUGGGUACACAUUUGGUUCCUUCAAGAAAUUUUCCACGUAAGCUGCUUCUGGGUCAGUCAGUAAUGUAAAUGCUGCCAAUAACAACGGUUCUUAACACAAGUUUUGCGAAGGUUAACAUCAGUUAUAAACAGUAAAGCUGCGCUGUACAAAUAAAAAGGUAGUGGUAUGUAAUGAAAUGCCUCUUUUAUUCUCUUGGUGUCUCAUUGCUAUACCUGUUUAGGCAUGCUAUAUUGUAUGUACCCCAGAAACUGUGUAUUUGUACUUAACAGAGUGUCAUGUACUAUCUCUGCCCCUUUGUCCUGCUGCUCUCCAUGCUUCCUUGGAACACUUGAUAAGCAGCUCCAAGAGACACUGCCCACCCAGCAACCAUUCCCUACUACUUAACUUGCUGGAGUCUGUUUUGUCUCUGUCCAUCCUUCCCACAGAUGAUUUAGGAGUAAACCCAGAUUAGUCUGGGUUAAUCAUAGCGAUCCUUUCUAAUGAUUUUGUUGGGGUGGACAUGUGACCAGUGAAAUGUUUGGAAAAUACUCAGCAGUACUCUGGGAAAGUACUCGUGAUAAAAUAGUGUCAUGACAGGAGAAGACAAGAAAAAAUGGUCUCUCUUCUGCUGGACUUUUUCAUAUCUGUGUGUUAUACCAGAUUAUAGUUUAUGGCCCUGCAGGGCAAUAGCCUGGAGAUAACAGCACACAUGAUGGUGAAAGCCUAGCUCAGAGGUGACAUCACUGAGCUGCACAACUAUCUGGACCUGCUGUACUAGGACUUUGUAUUACUGCGGUAUUGACAGUUCCUUAUUUAUUCUUAGGGCUGUCUGUUUCUUAGAGUUGAAUGCAUUCCAGCUGAUAGAAAUACUUUUCUAAGUUAAUGUUCUAUACAGUGAUUGGGGGAAGAAUGGUUUCUUUUCACAGGUUAAUUUAAUGAUAGCUAUUUGUGUCAGCCAUGGUGCUAAUGAAAAACUCCCAGCUUAAGAUUUUAAUGAAGGACUUUAAAUUACAGUGCCACGGGCCAGAGACAAGGGAUACUGAAGCACCUAGAGACUAGUAUCAGGAGGAAGCUAUCACGGUUCUAAAUACUAAAGAGACAAAGGACAGAAACUGAUGUUAUCAGAGCCUAGUCAGAGUUUCUCAUGGAAGAGGGGUCACCUUAUAUAUAGGAGAUGUCACUAUCAGAAUUAUAGCACCAAAUUGCUGGGGCCUCCCUUUGGAGAAUCCAGUCAGAUGCCGUGUAUAGGUGAGCCAAGGAGAGCACAAAGUGGAGAGAAGGUCUGGGUGGAGCCAGUGGAGAAUAAGCAACACAGUGUUUUUAUCCUAUAAUCCCUAUGUAAGCUCUCAUAUUAGAAAUAAAGUUAUUUUACUAGUUGAAAAUUAAGUGUUUCUGCUUCAUUGUGGUUUUGCGUCAUCAUAAGUAAAUUCUUUUUGGAACUGAGCACUGUGGCAAGUAUCUGACAUGCAUGAAACACAUUAUUCGUAUAUCUUGUGGGGUUUCCUGUUAUAUGUGGUAUGAGGUAAGCAGCUCUUCUGAAAAAGGGUGAGGUAAUUCACCCUUUUUCAUAUUGGCUUGUUAUUAUUGCAUUUUUAUCAUGUACGUAAAUAUUACGUGUAGUGGCUAUCUUGUUCAAUGCACUUUUCUAUGUUCCCUCCAGUGUUACAACCUGUCCUUAAGCACAGAGUUGUGAGCACACCCUCGAUGAUACCAUCUCUUCUUGAGCAACUUGUAUGGAUCUAGGAAUGAUCAUUUGUUACAAAAUAGGCUAGUGAGAACCCAUUCUAGAAUAUUUCUACUGAGAAGUCACCAUAACCACAUAAUUUGUGUCCUUGGUGCUGCCAGCAGUCAUAUCAAGGAAAUACAUCUGCAAGAGAGAAGAUGGUAAAAAGCGUUACAAAGUAGCAAAAUAAAAAUAGAAAAAAUUGUCAGAAGGGUGGUUUGAUUUUAUAUAGUAUGUAGAGAGAAAGAUCUCACUUAGGAAAGCUGCAGUGGAGGGAGCAAGCCAUUCAAAUAUCUGGAGGAAGUGUGUGUGUGUGUGUGUGUGUAUGAGAAAGACUAACAACAUGUAUAUCUGAUUUCACGAAAUAACACCCUAAUUAACUCUAAUGUAUUUUAAUGUUUUAUUUUGAAUUAUAUUGUAUUAAAAGAAAUGCUUGUUCCCAUAUAGUAAACUGAUUUCACUACCAAUGAAUGGGUCAUCUCCCAGAGCUUGAAAAUGCUCAAGUAUGUAAAAUCAGAAAAGGAAUUGCUGGGUCAUCAGUAUGGCUUUCUGAAAUGCUUAAACAGUUGAAAUUCCCAGGACCUGGAAAUUGUUUCCUGAUAAACUCCCAAAAACUUGUUUCUUGGGAAUUGGGCCCAUAUUCUGGUUUGAACUUGGCCUCCCCUUACUUGUUGUGUUCUUGUCACUUCACAUCCAGCUUGUACGUGGCUGGGAAGGGUAGAGCCAUAGCCUCUGGAAGGGUUCAACCUGUGAUAAAUAUCCCAGACACCCUCAGCCUGGAGAGUGCAGCUGUAAUUGCCCUGGACCUACCCAUUUAUCUGGGGGGGGAAGGCUUACCCUGUUACAGCUCCUAUUGUUUCCACUGAAUCUUCAUCUCCCCUCAGUGACCAGACACUGGAUAACCUCAGUCUCCCAGUUUUUAUCUGAGGAACCAUACCUUCCUUAGACCUCUUAGACCUUAGACAUGAGGAACUGAUGUCUGCACAUAGACACCACUUUUUAAGAGCAAGUGCCCCUCAGAUACUUGGGGAGGUGAAGUGAUGCUUACUGUAUUGCCUCCUCCCCAACCAUGUCUGGAGUCCGUAGUUUGGGAUGCUUGAUCCUCUGUGGGCUCAUCUACAAAAUGGUCAUGGUUAACUCCAUCUGAAAGAGUUUACCUGCACACACAAGCUAAAAAUUCUCACUUGUCUACUCCUCAAAGGAAGCCUAAGUCCUCAGAGAAUAAGAGAGGCAUUUUGAACUCUAGUUCCUAAUGAAGGCAUUUUCUGCUCCUGUGGGUCUGGCCACGUUCCUUAGAAAAGGAACUUGGAGAAGAGUGGCAGGUGGCUGAUGCCCAUGGGGUAGUGGUACUACCAGGACUGGCUGCUGCUGUGCUGAUGGUCCAUACCAGCACCCAGAUUGGGAGAAGAGGGCAUAAACAUUUAUGAACUAUAAUAGGAAUAUUCUUCAAACCCUCCCACCUUAGAUAUUUCCCCUGAAAUAACUGUUUUUGUUCAGCAUGUAUCCUGGGCCUUUUUCCAUGCAUUUCAAUCCAUAUAUGUGUACCAAUAGAGAAUUUGUAAUAGACUGGAUUCUUAUGGGAAUUUGAGCUUUGCAAAUCAGAAAUACUGUCAAAGUAUUAAAGUCCUACAUUGCAGGCAUAAUUAUAAAUACCAUUUCCAAAUCAUAUUUUGUUGCCUGGAAUUAUGUCAUUUUAAAGCUAGCAUGCCCAGUGAUUUGCAAGUUGUAAUUGCUACUAAAGAGAAAUAAACCUUAUCAUUUUUAAUAGCCUAUGGAUGAUCUACUUUAUUGGUUUCUGUUUUUCCCAAAUGAUCUGGUGAUUUGUGCAGAUACUCCAUUAUAUAGUUUAAAACAAAAUCCUAUAAAAAUGUGUCAGUUUUAAAAUUGGUAAUGUUAGCGGUAGUAAUGAAAAACAUCUGAACUUAAGUAAGUUUGGAAAAGCAGACACUGGAAGGUUGUGAGGAACUAUGAAACACCAUGCACUUAAUAGGUAAUGAUGAGGAAAUAAUUAUGCUCAUAAAUACAAAUAAAGUGGCUUUAAAAUACCAUAGGAGUCAUAGACAUAUUCUCUAAAACGUGACCUUCAAUUUUAUUUAUAUGGGAAAUUUAAUGAAAAAAUAAUACUACUACUCUCUAUAUUUAGCUGUAGGUGGAUUGUAAUUUUGUCUAUGGUAUUUGGCUUGACUUCUUAUAUUUCAGUUUUCUGUUUGGGUACACACACAGAGUCUUAGAAUAGAAUACACACUGCAAAUUCCAUUUGUCAUUUCACAAUACGUCAUUAACAUUUUUCUAUUUUUCUCACAUGACAUUUUUAAUGACUAGGAUUUCAUGUUAGGGCCAAUACCGUUUAACUUGUAUCUCAUUGAAAGUGGCUUCCAGUAUUUUUAUCAUCAUAAGAAAACACUGGAGGAACACCUUUGACCAUCCAUCUUUGUACAUUUCUCCAAGUUUUCUUCUUAGAAUUUCUAAAAGUGUAAUUUCUGGAUUCAAAUUUAAGUUCAUUUCAUUUUGGAUUAAACUGACACAAGAAAGGCUGCAUGGAUUUCACUCCUAUCCAAAAUCUGGAAAUGUGGGUUCUCUAAACCCAUUUCCUACAGUAGAUCCUAUUCUUUUACAUUUUUUCCAACCUUAUUUAUAUGACAUUGUAAGACAGUUUUUAUGUUGACUUUCUAGAGAUAUUGAGCAAAUGAACACUAUUUGUUGAUUGCUCAUCUUCAGUUUAUUAACAUUGGCUCAUGUCUUUAGCCUCAUUUUAAUUAAGGUGCUCAUUUGAUAAUAGCUGAUUAUAAAAUAUUACUAUUGUAUUCUUAGUUUGUAUGCUCUUUGUAAUAAACUAAA